UGCCCCGGGCCCGGCUACUGUCCGCCUCUGUUGCCCUCGCGCUGCCUGCUCGUCGUCUGCCGGCCGGCGGGAGGGAAGGAACAUGCAGCGGGCCGCGCUCUUCAGCGGCGAUGAUGCGCAGACGGCCGCCGGGGACCUGGGCGAGCUGCUUGUCCCCUACAUGCCCACAAUCCGGGUGCCCAAGUCAGGGGAUCGGGUCUACAAGACGGAGUGUGCCUUCUCCUACGACUCGCCUGAUUCAGAAGGAGGUCUCUAUGUGUGCAUGAACACAUUUCUGGGAUUUGGAAGAGAACACAUUGAGAGGCAUUACCGGAAAACAGGACAGUGUGUAUAUUUGCAUCUGAAACGACGUGUGAUACAGAAGGUACCAGGGGCAUCUGGUGGAGCUUUACCAAAAAGGAGGAAUGCUAAGCUAUUCUUAGAUCUAGAGGUAAACGGUGAUCUGAACAGUGAUGACUUUGAAUAUGAAGAUGAAGCAAAACUCGUUUUAUUUCCUGAUCACUAUGAAAUCCCAUUACCUAAUAUAGAAGAGUUACCAGCACUGGUGACGAUAGCUUGUGAUGCACUCCUCAGUGCAAAAUCACCCUACAGGAAGCAGGACCCUGACUCCUGGGAAGAAGAACUACAGGCAUCUAAACAUGCCAAAACUCUUGUACAGUUAGACAAUGGUGUUAGAAUUCCACCCAGUGGUUGGAAAUGCUCAAAAUGUGACCUGCGGGAGAAUCUGUGGCUAAACUUGACAGAUGGUUCUGUGCUUUGUGGAAAGUGGUUCUUUGAUGGCAGUGGUGGGAAUGGGCAUGCAACAGAGCACUACAAGGAGACGGGUUAUCCCCUAGCAGUGAAGUUGGGAACCAUCAGUCCUGAUGGAGCAGAUGUCUAUUCCUUUGAUGAAGAGGAGCCGGUUUUAGACCCACAUAUAGCAAAACAUUUGGCACACUUCGGAAUUGAUAUGCUGCAGAUGCAAGUGACAGAGAAUGGAUUAAGAGAUAAUGAUAUAAAACCAAGAGUCUCUGAAUGGGAAGUGAUUCAGGAAGCUGGUGUGAAACUCAAGCCCAUGUAUGGCCCAGGAUACACUGGCAUGAAGAACCUGGGAAAUAGCUGCUACCUCAAUGCUGUCAUGCAAGCCAUUUUCAGCAUUCCAGAGUUCCAGCGAGCGUAUGUAGGAAACCUUCCACGAAUAUUUGACUACUCCCCUCUUGAUCCAACGCAAGAUUUUAGCACUCAGAUGGCUAAAUUGGGACAUGGCCUCCUUUCAGGCCAGUACUCUAAGCCACCCAUGAAAUCUGAGCUUAUUGAGCAGGUGAUGAAAGAAGAACACAAGGCUCAACACAAUGGAAUAUCUCCUCAGAUGUUUAAAGCUUUUAUAAGUAAAAGUCACCCAGAAUUUUCCUCUAAUAGACAGCAAGAUGCGCUGGAAUUUUUCCUACAUCUUAUAAAUCUAGUAGAGAGGAACCCUGUAGGAUCAGAAAACCCUAGUGAUGUUUUCAGGUUUCUGGUGGAAGAACGCACACAAUGCUGCCAGUCUAGAAAGGUCCGCUACACAGAGAGGGUGGACUAUAUCAUGCAGUUACCUGUUGCCAUGGAGGCAGCAGCAAACAAAGAUGAAUUAAUUGCCUAUGAAUUGAAGAGGCGAGAAGCAGAAGCUACAAGGAGACCUCUACCAGAGCUUGUUCGUGCCAAGAUCCCAUUUAGUGCAUGUCUGCAGGCCUUUUCUGAGCCAAGCAAUGUAGAGGACUUCUGGAGCAGUGCCCUUCAAGCAAAGUCUGCAGGAGUGAAGACUUCUCGGUUUGCUUCAUUUCCUGAAUACUUAGUGGUGCAGAUAAAAAAAUUCACCUUUGGCCUCGACUGGAUACCCAAAAAGCUUGAUGUUUCUAUAGACAUGCCAGAUUUCCUAGAUAUCAACCACCUUCGGGCCAGGGGUCUCCAGGCAGGAGAAGAGGAACUUCCAGACAUUGCUCCUCCCAUUAUCAUUCCUGAUGACCCAAAAGGUCGCAUGAUGAACAAUGUCAUGGAGUCUCUAGAUAUUGAUGAGUGUUCAGUUAUGCAACUGGCAGAGAUGGGUUUUCCUUUGGAAGCAUGUCGUAAAGCUGUGUACUAUACAGGCAACCUGGGUGCUGAAGUUGCUUUCAACUGGAUCAUUGCACACAUGGAAGAACCAGACUUUGCUGAGCCAUUGGCCAUACCUGCAUAUGGAGAAGUUGCUUCCAAUGGAGCAGCUGCAUUUGGAACUGUUGGGCUAGAUAACCAACCUCCUGAAGAGAUGGUUGCAAUUAUAAUUUCCAUGGGCUUCCAAAGGAAUCUGGCAAUUCGAGCGCUGAAGGCAACAAACAAUAAUUUGGAGCGUGGACUGGAAUGGAUCUUCAGCCACCCUGAACUCGAGGAAGAAAGUGAGCCUGCUUUGGACAUGAUGGAUAUGGACAACAAUGCUAAUGCCAAUAUUGCAGAGACUGGAUCGGAGGGACCCAGGGUCAAAGAUGGUUCUGGAAAGUACGAACUGUUUGGGUUCAUCAGCCACAUGGGAACAUCCACAAUGAGUGGCCACUAUGUUUGUCAUCUCAAAAAAGAAGGAAGAUGGGUGAUCUACAAUGACCUUAGAGUCUGUGCCUCAGAACGACCUCCCAAAGACCUGGGAUACAUUUAUUUUUACCACAGGAUACCAAGUUAGACCUGAAAUCUCUUACUUGGCCUUAAAAAGCCAUAAGCCUUUUUAACCAGCCCAAAACCCCAUACAAUAAAAAAAGAAAAUCUAAAACAUACAGAAGACCCCUAGCCCUUGAACUGCCAAAAAGCCAAGGACAUCCUGGGAUAUUUAUAGUUUAUUUAAAAAGUCAUUUGAUGCUGCCUUAAGUGUUAGAGGGCAAAUUUCUAUUAGGUGAUGUACAUUGUUUUAAAUUUGUACAUGUUAAAAGGAUACCUUAAGACCAUGCAGAUUACUGGUGGAGUUUGCAGCUAGUAUAUGGAGAAAACAGAAGUUUCAGGGUUGAGCAAGAAUAGCCUAUCAACUGGGGUUCAGCCCAGCUCCUGCCUGUUCUGUCCAUGCAUCUGUUGAAGACCACAAAGAAAUACUUGCACCUUUGGUAAGUGGGAACCAGUGUUUUCAACCAGAGACAAGACCACUUAGAUAAAUCAUGUUGCAUAUAGAAUUGGAGGGGAUAUGUGAGUGUAAUUCAGAAUAGAAUGUCUUAUUUCAGAGA